AUGCUUUUUCUGAUCGGUUUUGCAUGGCAUGUAGCAGCUAGUUUUGCAUUUCUUCUUGCUAUUCUAACACCAAAUUGGGCAACAUAUCAAGUGGCUACAUCAUUAGGAAAUAUAACUAUUCAAGAUGGAAUUUUUUAUGUAUGUGAAUACAUUUUAACAACUAGUAUUUACGAAGCAACACGAUGUGUAUCAAUAAUUGAUAUUGAUCCAUCAAAUAAUACAUUAGAAAUAUUGAAAUAUCCACUUAGUAUGGCAUCAGCAGCACUUGCUAUUAGUUGUGCUGGACUUAGUAUUAUUGCUUUAUGGUUAUCUGGCAUUUAUUUUAAUCGUCGUACAAGAGAUAAAUAUACACAAUGUUUUUUAAUAUCUGUUUCUAUUGCAGUGUUGGUUUCUUUUUUAACAUCAAUUGCCGUUUGGAUUUUAGUCAUAUCAGAAGUUCUUGCACUUGGUCAAAGAGCUGAACGUUCAGUAUUCAGAUGGCCAAUGUGGUUAGCAGUUGGUGCAUCGGGUGGCUAUCUUAUGGCAUUUAUAACAAUGAUUUUAUCAUUUUGUAGUGGACUAAUCUGUCGACGUAAGAGAGGUAGCAAAUAUCAUGCUGAAACUCAGUUUUAA